AGCAGCAAAGGGCCGGUCCCCAGGAUCGGCGGCCGCGACGGACAUGUCCUCGCUGGUGAAGGAGGACUUGCAGAAGAAGCUGUUUCACCCGCAAGGGCAGCGCCUGCAGGAGUUCAUAGAGAUCGAGUGCUCGGCCCCCGACAGGUUUUACCUCUGCGCCGCAGUGACUAAAGGUGAAGAAGUAGAAAUAUCUGUAGUGAAACACUUGAGAAUAGGUCUGGAUGAGAAAUACGAUAUCACUGAAAGGUGGUUUUUGAAAGAUCUGGAGAUGAUUGAUGGAAAAGAAGCAGACACUGAUAAUCCAUAUUUUGAUAUGCACUUUGAGAAGAUCUACAGUUGGGAAGCAUAUAGCUGUGCAUCUAAAUAUGCCUUUGCUCGAACGUUAAACAAACUGAAUUACAUGUAUCUUAAAAAGGACUUGAAGUUUGUGAAUUUUGAUAUAGCUUACAUAAAUGAUGAUUCAAUCUGGUCAUCCAACAAUGGGGACUGUUUAGUUCUCAUGAGGAUAUGCUUCUACGCUUCUAAUCUUUUAUGUCUGUCACUGUGUCCUAUGCCAUAAGGAUGGAUUUUAUAUCAAUAAAGUUACUAGAUGACUUCCAGUGCCAGAUUCUGACAAAUAAUCUAAUAUAAAAGAUAUGUGAUAUGCAGUAUUUGCUACUUAUUUUUACAUAUUAGUCAAAAGCAGAAAUACAAAAAAUAAAACCUCAUUUUUAUAUAAAUAAUGAAGUGUUUCUUUUAGUAAGAUCCCAAUACUGCAAACACUUGCACACCUGCUUAACUUUCGACACAACAAUAGUUCCAUGGCACUAUUCCUGUGAAUAAAGGUCAGCACAUGCACAAGUGUUUGUUGGGGCCCAAAUUAGCAUACAUUAAUGACCAAAAAUAUUUUUAAAUCAUUAUUGUCAGCUAAUUUGUGUCUUCAAAGAAGGGAAAAACAUCGUGUAGUUGAGAAAUGCAAAAUUCAAUUUCUAAAUAUGUCGAAAUAUAGGUUUUUUUAAAAGAUUAUAUCUAGAUAAAUACAGAGGUUGAAAUCCUGGCUCUGUUGAAGUUGAUGGGAGUUUAGUCACUGAGUAAAAUUCUGGCUUCAUUGAUGCCAAUGUGGAGAAAUAUAUGUGUCUAUACAAUUUUUAAUGGAGUGACAAAUACUUCUUUGCCUUAUAUGUCCUUUGCUAGAUGUAACUUAUUUUGUUCCUUGGCUGCCGCAAACCGGGACUACUGGACUCAGGGAGUCGAUGAGAGAGUACUCAGCUAAACACUAUAAGUCACACCCCUCACUGGAUCAGUCGCGGCCUCAUUUAUUUCCUCUCUCUGGUUUGGUAGCCUAUGGUAGACCCCUAACAUGAGGUCACCCUUUUUUCCCCUUUUAUCUUUAUCCAGAGACUUUUAACUGGUUUGCCUCUCAGAAAAAAUAAUGCAACACCUCCUUCAUUUUACCCCUACUGUUCCUUCCUGAACAAGCAUGCCCCUGUGUAUUCCAGUCAUAAGAUUUAGUCCAAUAUGACCAAACUUCAGUGUCCCAGUGCAUUGAGAUCCCAGCCCAUCAGUGCUCCUCUCCACCUAAUUCAGCCUACCACCCAGAAGAUCAAGACCCUCCAGAUCCUGAGUCAACCCAGUUUCACUUUCACUUCAGCCUCCAGUCUGAACCCCUUUUCCCUCCAUGCCCAGCACUAAGCCCCCUGCAAGGAAACAUUUCAGGCACCCCCACUCUCUUCCUCUGCACAUGCCCUGCUCUCUCUCCUCAGCCACUCUUUUCUCAGGGUGCCCCUACCCAGCCCAAGUAUCCACCCAUGCACAGAGACUCCCUACAAUAGGCCACGUGCUCCACUCCUGUCUCUUCCAAUAGCAAGUCAGCCUCAUUCUAUUUUCAUGUGUCAUGAAUAAAUGGACCUGCUCAAUGCUUAGCACUGUGAUCCAAGAUAGCAGCACUUGUGGCCAUCCAUUCCAGUGGAGGAUGAAGCUCUUGCCCGAGUAAGCCAGUAGGGUUUCUUCCUAUGAUGCCUCAUCCCACUCCAUUCCAGCCCAGGCACUGCCAGUUAACCUGCCCCAAACUCCCUCUCCGGUAUUGCAGGAGAUGAUAUUAAAUUAUGAGUCAGGAGGGUUUUGGUUAUAAAUUGUAGUUUCUUUGAUGUGACAGGAAAAUUGGUCAGUCUUACUAGCCCAAAUUACUUCUUCCUCUGUGAUAAAUCUGGUGCAUCUCUGUAAUGAAUCUGGUGCAUAAACCAGUACAUUAGUGGGGAUGGAGUUACUUUCCACUCCUCCCUGCACACUCACCAUUCACUGUGUGCAAUGAGGAGUAGUUGCCUGCCAGUGGCCUCUCUUUUCUACUCCUGUGAAGGCUCUGGUGAUGCAGGUAGUUCAUGAAAGGCAUAGGGAUGCUCCUUAGACUCCCUCGCUCUUCUGCACAGGUUCACAUGAGGGCCCUUGUUUGACCUAUAAAGGAGAAGAAGAAUGUCCCUGAAGUUAAGGCACAGAGCUGAGCUCUGGAUUCUAAUAUCCAGUUCUGACUAAUUUGGUUUGUGACCUUGGGCAAGCCAAUUAACCUCUCUGAGUUCAGUAAAUCCUAUCUGUAAAAUGGAGAUACAGUGAUCUUGUGGGGCUUACUUCAUUAAUAUCUUUAAGCACUUUGAAAUUUCAGAUUGAAGGGCCUGUAUAAAUGCAUUUUAAUUGAAAUGGAACAGAAUCAAAUAAAAACAUAACUACAUGGGUGGUCAUUGCAGCUAGGGUUGGGGGAGGCAGGCCUCAGCCCCACCUACAGCCCUGUCGCCUCUGCUGAGCCCUUGCCCCCCCACCACAAGGAGGAGAGGAGGUGGGUCAGUGUGCAGAGUGGA